GAGCCUCCUGGGCAGCAGCAGCAGGUGGGGAAGCAGCAGCAGCAGCAGUCCCUGGGUCUGGGCCACGAGGGCUGCGGACUAGGGCUGAAUCCAGGAGCCCAAAAGGAAGGGAGCCAGGCAGCAGCAGGAGGCGCCCUCCCCCUUGGCAUCCUUCCUUCCUCGGUUUCUUCGAGCCACACUCUCUCAGCCUCAGGGGAUGGCCGUGGCAAAGCCCCUCUGAAGAAAGAUGCCAAGGGAGCAUGCCAAGGCACACAGCGACAAGAACAAGCUCCAAACCUGCCGAAGGGAGCUCUAAUGCAAUGAGAACCUAUACCAGAUGGAGUGCAGAUCCGCACAGAACUGAAGAACUGAGGUAGCGGCUGAUAUCUGGGAUUCUGUAUUAUUAUUCCCUCCUUUAUUAUGGAUAUCUCAUUUUUGUUUAGCCUCAUGUUGGGGCUGCUGCCCAUAAGAAUCAAUGGGAACACUUGGCAAUGCCCACAUAUUUCCUAUAACCAGACUAGUAAUUAUUCAGUGAAAUACAAUAUCCCUACAUUCAUAGCAGAGAGCUCUAUCCAGAACAUAGUAAGCCAUGAGCCUGCUAAUGCUAUCUUUGUUGCAGUUCGGAACAAGAUCUACAUAUUGAAUUCAGAGCUAAAAAUCCUCUCCAGUAUAGUGACUGGACCCUGGGGCAGUGCCAAUUGUACAAUCUGUGCCCUGUGCCCAGUGAAGGGACCAAUGGAUUUUGAAGAAACAGAUAACAAAGUGUUGGUGAUGGAUCCUUCUGAACCCUGGCUUUAUAGCUGUGGGAGUUCUCAACAUGGAAUCUGUUUCCUGCAUGAAAUUGAAAUAGUGGACAAUGUUGCUUCAGUUACAAAAACCUCAUGCUUGUAUUCAGCUCAGCUUAACAAACCUUCUAAGUGUCCGGAUUGUGUGGCCAGUCCCUUAGGCACUAGAGUUGUAGUUAUUGACCAGUCUGCUUCAUACUUUUACAUUGCAUCUUCUAUCAACAGGAGCACCGCAGAAACAUAUAGUCCCAAAUCAGUGUCUAUACGGAGACUGAAAAGUACACUGGAUGGGUUUUACCAUUCUUUCCAUUCCUUAACUGUGCUACCUGAGUAUCAAGACCCAUAUCCCAUUGACUAUGUGUAUUCCUUUAACAAUGAGGACUAUGUAUAUUUCCUAACAGUCCAAAGAGAAAGUCUCAGCUCCAGGUUGUACCACACUAGGAUAGCACGGCUCAGCACUAAAGAGAGUGAAGUACGCAUGUACCGUGAACUGAACUUGGAGUGCCGUUUUGGGCACAAGCGAAAGAGGAGCCUAGUAGUGAACCCCAGGGAAGUGGCCUUUAAUGUCUUGCAGGCAGCUCAUGCUACCCAACCUGGCUCAAAACUGGCCGAAGAGCUUACUCUGAGUGUCAGAGAACUGGUUCUCUUUGGUGUGUUUGCUGAAAGCCAGGCAGAAAGCAAGGUGCCCCAAAAGAACUCUGCAGUUUGUGCUUUUCCUGUGAGCAAGAUCAAUGAAGCUAUUGAUAAUGGAAUGACAAAAUGCUGCAGCUCAAGUUUCCAUGACGAGAUUUUUCGAGGUCUAUCAUUUUACCAGGAUACGGAGUAUUGUCCACAUAAUGUGAAUUAUUCUGCUGUGGUGGUGGACACCAGCUGCCAAAGGAAACCCACCUAUAUCGCUACAGAUAGCUACAGAUUAGACCUUUUUAAUGGACGCAUGUCUGAUGUGCUACUGACAUCCAUCUUUGUAACAGUAAUAGAUGAGGUGACUGUGGCUCACCUUGGCACAUCAGAAGGGCGUAUAUUACAGGUAGUGCUUCAGGGAUCCAGUGUUUACACGGUGAGAGUGGCCAACUUCUCUUUGGGGGAGAAAUGGCCAGUUUUGCGAGAGGUCAGCAAGCUGAACGACUCUUUGUUGUUUGCAGCAGGAAAUAAGGUCUUCCAGAUAAAACAGAUUGGUCCAGGCUGCCACCAUUUCCUGACAUGCUUCCGCUGCCUGAAGGCAGAGCGUUUUAUGCAAUGUGGCUGGUGUGGAAAUUCAUGUACCCGUCAGGAAGAGUGCAAGGGAAACUGGAACCAGGAGAACUGCUCCCCUGUCCUCACAGAUUUUCACCCUAGAAGUGCACCACUUUAUGGCAGCACUAAGGUGACUCUCUGUGGCAUGGGAUUUCAGUCACGUCCAUAUUUCUCUGGCACUGAUAUCCCACUGGCAAACCCCACUGAUUACUGGGUUACAGUGGGCCAAAGGAAGUGCACUGUGCUGUUUGAAGAGAGCCUGGCAAACAGGUACAGCCAAGUGCCACACUGGAAGGAUUUUGUUGAGGUUAUUGUCUGCACUUUGACAUCAGAGGGGAAAGAGAAGCUGCAGGAGCCUCAAGAGGUAACACUCAUCAUUGCUGAGAAGAAAGGGACCCCAUUUUAUAUCAGUGGAACUUCAGUACUCACUGGCUUUCUAUUUAUGCUGCCAAAAAUAACUUCCAUUCACCCUGUGUAUGGUCCAUUGGCUGGAGGAACAGAGAUCUCUAUCCGAGGACAAAACCUCCUGGUGGGAGGCACAAGGAAGGUUAUGGUUAAUGGCCUAGAUUGUCCCUUGGAGAGCAGAGAAAGCCAGAGAGAAGAAGACGUAAUUUGCAUCACUCCUCCUGCAACCCACCUAUCCAACACUUCUGUGACUGUAAUAAUUGAUGGGGAGCAGUUUGUUUCUCCACAGCACUUCUGGUAUCGAGAAGACCCCCACAUACGAGAUAUCUUCCCAAACUGCAGCUAUGACGGGUCAGAUAUUUUCAUUCAUGGCACCAAUUUGGAUUCAGUGUAUAACCCCAAAGUACAAUUUGAAUCUGCAGGAGUAAUGACCAAUGCUAAAGAAUGCAAAGGGCCUCAGACUGCAAAAAGACUGGUGUGUCAGGGUCCUGCCUACUCAUUUGAAAACAAGGCAAACAGUGUACAAGGGAACCUGAAUAUUUUGAUGGAUGGAGUUGCUGUGCACAAGGUGUUUCGUAUCCGCUACUACCCCAAGCCAGUUAUCUACACCUUCAAGCAGGAAGACAAAUUGUACAAACUCAACCAAGGGCAGGAUGAGAUUGCGAUCCGUCACGAAGGGUUGGAUGCUCUGGCAAGUUGCAUGCCAAUCUCCAUGAUAGUGGCUGGCACAGAUUGCCACCCCAGUGUGCUGAGGAAUGAGGUGACGUGUCGAAUCCCCAAACACCUUGUCAUCCCUCUGGAUGGUGUGCCAGCAAAGAUUUGUGUCAAUGGAAACUGCACAGACCUAGGUGUUGUGGUUGUGCUGUCCUCCUUCUCCCCAGUUGCUGUUGCCUUGGGGACCAUUGUAGCUGUCCUGUUCCUCUGUCUCUUGGCAUUUCUGCUCAUGAAAUACUUUAAAAAGAAGAAGAAGACAGGAACUGAGAAUUUAGAAAGACUUUCAAGCUUCAACAGGGGCACACCAAACAUCCCUCUCCUUCCUUUCAGCACUGGCUAUAUGGAUGCUGCUGCAGCAUCUCCAAACAGAGCCUCCUCUGAAGCACGGUUUGGAAGUGUCUCUUAUACAGGGAGCAGUGAUGGUUCUGUUGUGCCCUUCAUGCGAGUGCCUUCUUACUCGAUUAAAAAUUUUCGUCCAGAGCUCUUGGAAGAGGUGAAGGAUGUUCUAAUCCCAGAAGAGCAGCUGGUCAUGCAUCAGGACCAGAUCAUUGGCAAAGGGCAUUUUGGGAGUGUUUAUCAUGGAACAUACAUAGAUUCAUCUCAGAGAGAAAUACGCUGCGCUGUUAAAUCCCUGAACCGCAUCACUGAUUUGGAUGAGGUGGAAGAGUUCUUGAAAGAGGGGAUUCUGAUGAAAAGCUUCCAUCACCCUCAUGUCCUCUCUCUCAUUGGGAUUACCCUUCCUAAAGAGGGUCUCCCUCGAGUAGUGCUACCAUACAUGAAGCAUGGAGAUCUGCGGCAUUUCAUCCGUUCUGAGGAGAGGAACCCUACUGUGAAGGAUUUAAUUGGCUUUGGGCUGCAAGUAGCUCGAGGCAUGGAAUAUUUGGCCCAGAAGAAGUUUGUACACAGAGACCUUGCUGCUAGAAAUUGCAUGUUGGAUGAGACCUACACAGUAAAGGUGGCCGACUUUGGUCUAGCCAGAGAUGUUUUUGAUAAGGAGUAUUACAGCAUCAAGCGACAUCGCAGAGCAAAGCUCCCUGUUAAAUGGAUGGCACUCGAGAGCUUGCGGACCCAAAAGUUUACCACAAAGUCUGAUGUAUGGUCUUUUGGGGUGCUCAUGUGGGAACUGAUGACACGAGGGGCCUCUCCCUACCCUGAAGUAGACCCAUAUGAUAUCACCCGCUAUUUAUUGCAAGGAAGGAGGUUGCCCCAUCCUGAAUACUGUCCAGAUUCUCUAUACAGCAUAAUGCUGAACUGCUGGACACCAAGUCCCGAGGAGCGGCCAUCGUUCUCUGUCUUGAUUGAGGAAGUGGAACACAUUCUAUCCUGCCUAAAAGGGGAGCAUUAUAUCAACCUCAAUGUCACCUAUGUCAACCUUGAUCAAGGCCAGCCCUUCCCCCCUUUAAUAAGCUGUGAUGAUGAACUGGAAUCCAGUGGGCUAAGCGAAGAGGAGUGUACAGUAGUCACCUAAGAGAUGAGACUUUUCUGAAGAAGCACAUUGUUAAGUUGAGCAUAAUACUGUGAAAGCAUGUGCUGAAUGUCUGCCUGUGGCUUCCCUCCUCAGACUGAAGUGGUAUCUUCGCUCACUCUGGUCAGACCUUGGAGUUUAGAGACAGAUCUUAUCUACCUUCUGGGUCCAACAAAUCUGUGGCCAAGGAUUCAGAGUCCUUCUAUGACAUUUAUAUCUCUAUAGCCUCCACUUUACUGAGGUUGAGGAGUCAACAGAGGCAGAUGGGAAACAGGAAUUUUUUUAAAAACAGAGAUAAGCUCACCCUCCUGUAACAGUUGGGGCAGGUCCCCUUAAUCACAUAGAAACAGAGACAUAUUCAGAACACAGCUUUAUUAAGUACUAUAAAGUAAUUUAAUGUCUCAGCCUGUGGCUGAAUAUGUAUAUAACAGAAUAAAUGGAUUUAUAUAGUGCUCAUAUCACAGA